CUCUCUCUCUCUCUCUCUCUCUCUCUCUCUUGCUUCAAAAGUCAUUUCCAUGUCUUCGUCUCAAACACAGGACAAAAGGCUUGGUUUACUGUAUCUCCCAUGGUGCUGAAUUUCACGAACAGAUUUGACAGCUAAACAAUCUCCCUCGUCAAUGGCACAGAAACACUUGCGUGAGCUUCUUCUGGAAGACCAAGAGCCGUUUCAGCUCCACCACUACAUCUCCGACCGGCGUUGCCAGAUCGGAAGGCCUUGUCUGAAAACCGAUUUGCAGGUCGAUACGCGAAAACCCAUCUCUAGAAACCCUAGAUUCCCUUCGAAUCUCUGCGAAACCUCGUGUUUUUUCUCCUGUCGUUCAUCUCCAGACCCGAGAAAAUCCCCUCUGUUCGAGCUCAGAUCGCCGGGAAAACUCCAGAACCGCGUUUUCCUCCAAGUACCGACCAGAACGGCGGCCAUUCUCCUCGAAGCCGCGGCGAGGAUUCAGAGACAGUCUUCGAAGAAUUUGAAAUCGAAGGCCCGAAACAGAGGAAACGGGUUCGGGUUAUUCGGAUCCGUUUUCAAGCGGUUGACGAACCGGAACCCGACGCGGAACACUGAAACGCAGUUUUCUCAGGUAAAACUGCGUUUGCAGAACGCGGUUGGGGACAAGAGCUCGUGCUCCAGGCGCACAAACGCGGUUUUCUCAGAACGCGGCGGGUCGGACAGCGAUUCUCAACCGUCGAGCAGCCGCAGCAGCAGAGGCGGAGAGAGUUUCAAGGUUUUCGAUGGGUUCAGAUACGGAAACGCAGACGCUGGAGAUUUCAGCGGUUGCGUUAGCCCGUUCCGUUUUGUUCUCCAAACAAGCCCUUCAUCCUCCGGCGACCAAACGCCCCAUUUCACGUCUCCGGCAGCGUCGCCAAGUCGCCGCAGUACAAAGGACGAAGACAGCGACGAGACGGAGAGAUUGGAGACACAGAGAGAACAAGAAGAAGAAGAAGACAAAGAACAAUGUAGUCCUGUCUCUGUUCUUGACCCUUCUCUCGAAGAAGAGGAGGAGGAGGAGGAGGAGGAAGAAGACGAUCUUCAAUGCAGCUUAGAAGUAGUACAGAGGGCACAACGGAGAUUACUCCAAAAGCUCCGUAGAUUCGAGCGACUGGCGAGACUGGAUCCAAUGGAGCUCGAAAGGAACCCCUCGGACGAAACCCUAACGCUAUACGACUCGGAGGAAGAUCUAGACGAAGAAGAUCUCGGGGACGGGAGCGAGAACGAGAGGGAAAUCGGGCGGCGGGAAACGGAACGGAGAGUGUUGAAGAUGUGGAAAUACAAAGGGCGGGGCAUAGACGGAAUCGUGGAGAGAGAAUUGGGAGAAGAGGACGGAGAAUGGACGAGGCGACGACGAGAGGAGGAGGUUCAAGAAGCUGCUUCACGUCUCGAGCUUUCUAUUUUCUCCUCCUUGGUCGACGAAUUCUCACUUGAGCUUGUUUCUUGUCCAUAUAUCAAUUAAACGUUACAAAACAAAAUUAAAACUGACGGUCUAUUAUUAGAUAGAGAAUUUUGAGUCAUCGAGAUAAAGGAUUUAUCGUA